UCUAUCAAAUCCUUUCACAUUUCAGUAUCCUGGAAUCACUGGUAAUAUAUCGUUGUCGCCUUCGCGGACUGAAACUAUGGUGCUGGAGCUGUUACAGCAUAAUUAUUUAAGGACAAACCCAACAGCAAUAGGGACAUGGUCAAGACAAACCAACAUGCAACUACACAAUUCUUCAACCCAGAGUCGCAGCAAGCCUAGAUUGGUUGUUGUAACCAAACACGAACCCCCGUUCGUGAUCCGCGAAGAGACCGAGAAUGGAACGAAGUACACCGGAUACUCUAUGAAUGUGUUUGAUGAGAUUGCGAGGCGUCUUGACCUCGACUUCACUGUUUACGAAGCCAAGGAUGGACAGUACGGAAAACAGAACCCGGAUGGAACGUGGACAGGAUUGAUGGGUGAAAUACUUACUGGAUUCGCCGACAUAGCUGUGGCAUCCCUGUCGAUGACAACCGAGAGAGACAAGGUCGCCGAUUUCACAACUCCAUACUACGAGUUCGGGGGGAUUCAAAUCCUCAUCAAGAACAAUAACGCGGGGACCUCUCUGUUGGCAUUUGCUAACGUGUUUUCCGGGGAGGUCUGGGCAUGCUGGACGUCAGUCCUACUGUUGACGUGACUUCUCGUGUGGGUCUUCGAGAAGUUGGAUCAAAGGAAGUUCACGGUGACCGAGGGACUAUGGCUCGUCACGGCGUCAUUUCCCAUAGCAGGUCCCGAGUGCACACCCCGGACGUUCUCGACUCGUAUGUUGGUGGGCGGAUUCUGGUUCUUCUGCAGCAUUAUGAUGGCUACAUACACGGCUAACCUGGCUGCCUUCCUCACCACCUCCAGGCUCAACGUACCUAUAGGAUAUAUGGUACAUGUAUCUUCUGCUUCUAUACAAUAUCUUUCGUGUUUUUACUGGAAUUCGUUCGUUCCUUCUUUCGUAGAGUCGCUAGGUGACCUCGCAAAGCAAAACAUAAUCAAGUAUUCCGUAGUCGAAGGAACUGUAAUCCACGAGUACUUCCAAAGGAUGGCUAAAAUAGAAUCAGACUUUUACCAAGAAUGGAAGAGCAUGAGUUUUUAUACCAAGAACAUAGACACCUCUGACACAUUACCAGCAAACUAUGCGGUGUGGGACUAUCCACUUGGGGACAAGUACCUCACGAUCUGGAGAUCCAUCCAGAACACUGGUUUGCUAAAUAGUUCCAGUGAGGGCAUUGCUAAGGUAUUGGCGGGUAAUUUUGCCUUCAUCCGUGAGUCACCGAUGAUACAGUAUGAACUCUCCAAGCACUGUGAUUUGCUGGCUGUUGGCAAGCAGUUCAGCAGUAGGGCAUAUGCAUUUGCCUUGGCUGAAGGUUCGCCGCUGACCCGUGUCAUCUCAUAUACGAUAUUACAACUGCAGUCUGAGACCAUCCUGGAAACAAUGAAGACCAAAUGGUGGAAGAAUGGCAGUUUGACUUGUUCCCAGGUAGACGAGAGUGGCGGUCUCACAUUUCACACUGUCGGUGGCAUCUUCGUUGUCGUCAGCGUCGGAAUUGGACUUGGAGUAAUCUCCCUUGGUCUAGAGCGCCUGUGGGCAUCAUUGACAAGGGUACGGAAAGAGCACCACAACACUCAAGUAACAUCGCCAAACAGCAGAACGAAUCUUGCCGUUGAUUUCAACCCUGGGAUCAUCUAUCUUGCCAAGGAGUUAUACACUGGUGAUGACGCAGUAGACACGGAUGCCGUCACACUGGAGAUGGCGCGAAUGUAUUAGUGGAAUGUUUUUAUCUUGACAUUAAAUGUAUGUUAAUGCU